ACGGCGGAGAACCAAUACGUUGCCUCGCGGCAGCGCGAAGCGGUGCUGAGGAACCCACCACGCGACUGCGUCCCGCUGCUCACAUUAACAGUAUCGGACAAGUGGGGGCGCAGUGCUCACGUUACAGCGUACGUUGUCAGAAUCUGGGAGUAAAAUGGCCAAAGCUGCGAGCCCAAUGGAUUCUGCUUCAACUUCUUCCUUCAUGACUGCCCUGGCGAAUGAGCUGAUCCUGGACCGGGAUCCGCGCACCGCCAACUGGGUCCUGUCCGGGAACAGAGAGUUCCUCAUCUGCCUGUUCAUGGUCUACGUCUACGUGGUCAAGGUGGCCGGACCCCGAUACAUGAAGGACCGCAAGCCGUACGACGGCAUCAAACCGAUCGUGAACGCCUACAACGCCUGCAUGGUGGUGCUGAACGCCUACUUCAUGACUGCCUUCCUCUCCAGGAGCUACAUGGGAGGCGGCUACAGCCUCUUCUGCCACGGCAUUGACUACGAGAGCCGAGACGAGGUCACCAUGAGCCUUCUUAACCUGUGCUGGUGGUACAUGCUUGUGAGGAUCGCCGACUUCAUGGACACGGUGUUCUUCGUGCUGCGCAAGAAGGACUCGCACGUGUCGUUCCUUCACGUCGCGCACCACAUUCUGGUGGUGUUCAACGGCUGCUACGGCGUCGGCUAUGGCCCGGACGGCCAGGCGUUGCUGACAAUUAUCCUCAAUUGCUUCGUCCACGUGACCAUGUACACUUACUACUUUCUCUCCCUGCUGGGACCCGCAGUGCAGAAGCACCUCUGGUGGAAGCGCUACCUGACCCAGGUGCAGCUGGUUCAGUUCUGCAUCAUAUUCGUGCACAUGAUGAUACCGCUCUUCUACAACUGUGGUUACCCGAGGCCGCACAUCUACAUCAUGCUGUGCGAGGCGGUCUUCUUCUUCACCAUGUUCGUGCGCUUCUACGUCCAGGCCUACCGGGACAGGCACAACACCAGCAGGAAAAUCGAGGACAGCGAUCACGCCAAGAGCAAGGUUCACUGAAAGUGUUGGCUUAGUCGAUUCUGUGGUACGCGCAGGGACUCUGCAACUAUCAUGGCGGUCAACCUACAGUUAAUGUGUACCGAUGCAGCGCUCGGAGAAAGUUCGGCAAUGCAAAAUGGUCAGGUUUUUUUUUUCUUUCUGUAGCCUUUGACCUCGACCGCACGUCUCAUCGCUAAUGUCACAUGGCUGUGCAGAAAGUGAUACGGGUGAUAUGCGGAAAGUUAUGGGAACAUUAGCGACCUGAUGGGUAUGGAUAAGUUCCGCGCAAAUAUAGGUACGGCUUGUUAACCAAGGUUUUAGUUUAGUGUGCGAAUAGAUGAACAGCAACUUAUCGCAUCUGCCUGAACAAAGCUACCACGCCCAAAUUAUUCGUGCCGCCGCGAAACACACACUGCGAGAUCUUAAACCGCAAAUCUAAAAAAAAGCCUAUGCGACCCGUGUAUGGGACACUGUAUUCCGCCCACACAGGCCCAGUGCAGCACGUUUUUGUCUGUCCUUUGUCUCCUACCGGAGACAUGCUAGGAACGAAAAAGACACUUGACGGUAGACAACAGGGAUUUGUGUAGAAAAUAGAUCAUUAUGUUUAGGCCGACAAAAUCAGUGGACCAUUCGCUUGUUGCACGGAAAACUGACGCGUUCAUCGAGAACAACGGUCCGUUUUUGCACCACAGCAACGGUCUACGUUGUCGUACUCGUCGUUGCUGCGUUACACUUUGAUAGAACGCAGUUCAAUAGGACUCAAAGUACUAAGUGCGUUGGUUCUGUUCUUUUGUCGCGUGAGAAAUGCUGUACACCAAUGAGCCUGACACUGACACUGCUCCACUGACACUAAUGCGUGUGGUCAAGCGAGAGUCGUGAAUUGCCGUGUAUUUAGUGAUCUGUGUUUGCUAUCUUUUGUAGUAAUUCCCAGAGAAAAUGUGCUGGUCAGCUGAAGAAUAAAGCGUUUUUGUUUUUUCGCCAA